AAGAAGAACUUAAUGAGAAUGCUUAAUAGGACUGCAUGUUACAAUCCUUAGACUAAUUAGCACAAUCCUUGAGUGGGUUGGAAGCGGGGGAAGCACUCGAACUAAUUCGACGUUUCAAGUCAUAAUGCGACAAUAUGAUUCUUCAGUUCCGACACAUCAUGUUUCCGCAUUUCCUUGUUCUAACGCUUUUGGCGGCACGUUUUCCCACACCCAGCUUCUUGACCGCGUUUUCAUUCAUUCAUCCAGGGAUAACCAGAAGAAGACGUUUUUCGACUCGCAGACACGUGACAAACUAUCAGGAUGUCGAAUGAAAAGAGUGCACCUGUUGACCGUCAGGCUGUGGCCCUCAUUAUCUUUGUGCUCGGUCUAGGAACUCUGCUCCCCUGGAACUUUUUCAUCACAGCAUCUCAGUAUUUCAAUGAACGUCUUUCACAAGACAUCACCUCAAAUGGCACAUCAGGCACUUCUUCCAAAGACUAUAGCUAUGACAGCUGGAUGGCUUUGCUUUCCCAACUGCCACUGCUGCUGUUUACCCUUCUCAACUCUUUCCUGUAUCAGUGUGUGAGGGAGCGUGUUCGUGUGCUCUUCAGCCUGGUCGGCAUCUUCCUCCUUUUCUCUCUCACUGCUGCUUUGGUCAAGGUCCCCAUGGAGCCGGGCAACUUCUUUGCCAUUACUAUGGCAACCAUCUGGUUCAUUAACAUGUGUGGAGCAGUGCUGCAGGGCAGUCUCUUCGGUAUGGUGGGCCUCUUUCCUUCUCGCUACAGCACUCUGUUCAUGAGUGGUCAGGGCCUCGCUGGGAUCUUUGCCGCCUUAGCCAUGCUUUUUUCUACUUUAGGUAAACCAGAUCAAAGCUCGGCUGCACUGGGAUACUUCAUCACACCCUGUGUGGCUACUCUGGGGACUCUGGUAUGCUACCUGCUGCUGCCACGCCUGAAGUUUGCUGAUUUCUAUCUGAACAGACAUCAGCCUGAUAAAGUGGAGGAGGUCUUACUUGAGAGCACAGAAAAAAAUAAAAAGGACCUGGAGGCCAACGGGAAGCUCAGUAAGCUAGAGGAGAAUCAGGAGCGCUCCUCAGUCCUGGCUGUCUUUAAGAAGAUCUGGCUGAUGGCUCUGUGCGUGACGUGUGUCUUUGCUGUUACCCUGUCGGUGUUUCCUGUCAUCACAGUGCGAGUAAAGACUGUCUACGUGAACAAUGCUGAAUGGGACAAAGUGUUCACCUGUGUCUGCUGUUUCAUUGUUUUCAAUGUCAUGGACUUGGCCGGCCGUACAACCCCAUAUAUCGUCCAGUGGCCGUCGAAGGAGAGUCGCUGGUUUCCUGCCGCUGUGUUUUCUCGCCUGGUCUUCAUCCCUCUGCUCAUGUUAUGCAAUGUCCAGGACUCUAAACUCACCGCCGUCUUCAGCCAUGACUGCGCCUUCGUCGUCAUCAUGGCUCUAUUCGCCUUCUCGAACGGAUACCUGGCAAGCCUCUGCAUGGCCUACGCUCCACAGUUGGUGCGGUGUAAGGACUGCGAGGCAGCUGGCUCUUUGAUGACCUUCUUCUUGGUCCUCGGUCUGGCUGUGGGAGCAUCGCUCUCAUUCCUACUAGGAAAACUGGUUUAGAAGGUAGUAGGAAAACUGUAUAUCUG